UAUAAGGCAUUUAUAUCUCAUCAUUGAGGGGAGGCGUAAACCACCAGCAACACUCCUAAAACCAGUCCGGCCUGAUGAAUAUAGUGCUACUGCAUCUCCACAUCCAGUGAGGGUUCUUUUGCCAGUACCUCCAGAGUUGCUUGAAUUGGGGUUAUCGACAAGCAAGUCCACAUCGCCUUUGAGACCAGUGCAGGAAACCAUGCUCUGUCAGUUGACCUCUGCACAGUCUACAGUCUCUACUCCUCCCUCAGGCCCCCCUGCAGCUGCUGUCCAGUCGAGACUCCUUGCAGCCUCUACUCCGCCCACAGCACUCCCUGCAGCCUCUGCUGGGUACCCCUCAACUCAGUUGGAGGAGAAGCCAGCACUUCCACCACUGCCAGGCUAUGAGCAGGAUGUAAGCCAAUGGAACUGCUCUCACCAGCAGAGAAUCUGGAUGAAAACAGAAAUGGAAAACUUGGGACUGUGGCCAGGCUCUAGACUGGUGAGACAUCCAAUGAACAUGAUCUCCUUGUGGCGUUACCCACCUCAGCCUGAGCUUAUUGAUGCUGUCUAUAAGCUGCCAUCACCAAAAUACUUUCAACUUCAUCCAUUCUUCAUUUGGAAACCAGAGCACACCAUUAUGGAAAGAGUCCGCAACAACUACACUCUGCCAUGUCUGAACGGCUGUCCGAAUCCUCAAGUUGUCUCAUCAGGAGUUGGACGACCCCGUGUCAUUAUUGGUACAAGCAGCCAGUACUACAUGCUGGCCUCUCGGCUCAGCUGUAAAGUCUGUAAAAAGUACUGGUUUGCAGACAAACCCCAAUGGAUAGAGAUGCUGCCAAGUCGAUUCUGCAACAUUUUUCCAGCUUUUCUGACGCACAAGAAGGCCAUAUGUAAGACUGUGAUGGAUGAGUUGCGGCGCACAGCAAAGUCUCCCAAUGAUAUGGCCAAUCAGUUGAACGAAGCUCUCCACCUCAGGUAUGAGCGUGCACACCUGGCUUACCUGUCCACUGUUAAGAAUGUGCUGGAUGGAGACAGUGGACUUUAUGGUCAGCAGACCAUCACAGGGGCACUAAGAGCAACAAAUACUCCUGCUCCAUUUGGUGGGUAUGGUGAUGUGGACGGCUGGUUUGGAGUAACAGUCUCACCCCACUACUUGGUUGACUGCCUCAUUCAGGAGUACCAUAGGCAGGAGAGCACACUCAAUCUGCUCCUUCAAGGCACAUUUGGACAGGUAUUAAGGGCUGACCAUACCCGCAAGGUGGCCCGGAAGGUUGUGCUUGCAUCCGGUACUAUGUCGUCAUACGCUGUGAUGAAUGAAAACUGGAUGAUCUUGUCCUGGGUGAUGCUGCAGUCUGAAAGUGAUAAAUCCCUGCAGCCAAUGUAUGAGGGGCUGUCCCGUCGUUACAUUUUUGCAGGACUGCCAAAAGCCAACUACCAGUGGGUUGACAGAGAUUGCUGUGCUGCCUUCAGGAUCCCAAACCCUGAUCCCCAGGAGCACCUCCUCUGGGAUUCUUGGAAGACCACUGAGGCUAUAGUGACUGCGGCUACCUCUGGGCAUCUCAUCAACACCUGUGCCUCCCGCAAAGAAUAUAAUAGCAACAUCAACAUCAAGCUGGACUUAUUCCACUGCAUGCGGCGAUUCUCCAGAGAGUGUACUUCAGAGCACCAUCCACUGCACAGUGCUUUCUGCAAGUUUCUGUCAGCAGCUUUUAGUGUUGUGGACCAGACGGACCUACAGAGACUGAAGCAGGCUUAUGUCUUCUGUGGAAUAGUGCCUGCAAAUCCAACAAAGAAGCACAUCAGGGAGCACUGUCGCACUAGGGUCCCACACCCCAAAGAGCUGCUGGAGAGAGUGGAGAGCGUUCUCCAAAGAUUCUUUUUAGAAUGCGAUCCUGAUGGUGGGCCACUGUUCAAACCAUCGAUGUUGAAGGUGUGGAGGAUUCAGCGAGUCCACAUCCUCAGAGGCUGCCUCAGUGACCCAGAGAUUGAAGAGGGGAUCCUCUAUAGGCAUGGUGGAACGGUCCAGCUGAACCAUGUGAAGGGGGAGGCGGCAGCUGUACCCGUGUGGAUCCCUGUGAGAGGCACCUCUCAGCAGGAGGGGUUCCAUUUCCAUCAGGCGAGAUGGGUCACAGGCACUCAGGUAUCCACAGAACUUUUCCAGGCGCAGGGCAUGAUUGGAGUGGCUCGCUGGAAUUUCCAGCGCCUUGUGGACCUGAAGCAGCCUGGAGUGAAGCUGCCUGCAGUCUUUGAUCCUGUGCUGAUCAUGGAACUGAACAAGCUCUCAGACGUGGUGACAGGCCAGGCCAAGUACCCUGCCUUACUUGUCUCACAGACAGACACCAGAGAAAGGUUUGGACUGCAGUAUGUGGAGCCUGGUUGUCGUCCUGUCCCCCUAGACUGGGACAAGCACAAGUCCCAGAAGGUACCUGUUGCAGGGGAGGGAGAGCAUCAGUCCUCACAGCCGUCUGCUCUCAGUGAGAUCUUCCCACCUGAUGACACACCUGAGGAGGUGAGGGAGGAACACUUUGCUCAGGAUGACAUCUUUGGUGUGGCUUCUCCUGGCUCACAAACAAUGAUCCAGCCUGCACAGCCCACCAAUGUAAAAGAUGAGAUGACGCCACCACUGCCCUUUGCUCCCUCUCCACGAGCUGCUCGCACAGGUUCUAUCAAGGCAGGGGGUCUACUUUUUGUCCUGGACCAUUUUCGGUGGACACAGCCCAUGAGGGAUUCCAUUGAUGGCCUUCUGGCAAAGUACCAUGGGCAGAAAGACCUUCUCACCCAGGUGGAUGCGGAGUAUGCUGCCCUUGUGCAGGCUGCCUCCAGGGAUCCAAAGAGAUUGUGGAGAAGCAGCAGCAACAGCAACAGCCUGUUAUAA